UUUUAUACAGAAAAAAUACACUAAACGCCUAAUCUUGAAAUGCUUCUUCCUCAUAUUUCAACAUCCUCGCCGUCGGCGGCUCUCGUCAUUGCCGGCGGCUGCAUCCGACGUGGUAUGCAUAUUUACAAAAUCUCAGCAUCUUCUCAUGGCCAAUCUCCCAAACCUCUGAGAUAUGCUGUGCUUGGUGCUGGCUUUGCUGGUUUGUCUGUCACUUGGCACUUACUACAACAUACUUCUAAGGAAUCCCAUGUCUGCAUCGACAUUUACGAUGAUGUUGGAAUUGGUGGUGGUGCUUCUGGAGUUUCUGGAGGACUCCUGCACCCGUAUUCGCCUAAAGUUAAACCUCUUUGGCGGAGCAUGGAGUGUUGGGAAGAAAGCUUGAAGCUUUUAAGCAUUGCUGAAGCGGCGGUGGAACCUAAUAAGUUGAAUGGUGGAAGUCAAGGAUUGGGUGGUCAUGAUUCGGACGAUUUCAUAGUCAGGAGAAGAGGUAUUGUAAGACCAGCUGCCAGUCUGAAGAAUUUGGAUCUAAUGAAUGAAAAUGCUCAGAACUGCCUUGCCGGUUGCAGAAUAGAGUCCGUUGAUAAGGAGGCUGCUGAAAGACUAGUGCCCAAUUUAUCUGUGCCUUGCAAUUUGGCAUUCUAUAUGCCUGAAGCUGUCAAUGUUCAUCCUCAACGAUAUCUUGAGGCCUUAUAUUCUGCUUGUCAAGAUCUGGUGAAAGACACGUCUGUUUCAGACUUACACAGAAAAGAGCUAAACUUGCACAAAAAAACUGUUAAUAAUCUCCUUGAACUAUCAGGUGAAUAUGACUCGGUGAUUGUUUGUAUGGGGGCCAGAGCAGCUUCCCUGCCUGAGUUGUCCGAGAGGCUUCCCUUGAGGACUUGUAGAGGUGUCAUUGCUCACCUGCAGCUUCCAGAUGAUAUUAGAGAAAGUUAUCCACAACAUGGUCCUUCAAUCUUGUCAGAUGCAUGGCUUGCUAUACACGGCCCUCGUGAUAUACGUCUGGGCUCAACAUGGGAAUGGAAGUCAAAAAAUUAUUCCCAAAAUGUCACAGUUGAGGAAGCUUUAAAAGCUCUUGAAGAGCUCCUGCCAAAAGCAUCAGCCAUAUAUCCAGGGAUUAAAAACUGGGAUUACAUUGCCGCAAAGGCAGGUCUCAGGGCAAUGCCACCACUUACAUCUCAUGGGUCACUUCCGCUUUUAGGUUGUAUAGAUGAAUAUUUGAAAGGAAAACAGACAUGUAAGUUCUGGUUGUUUACAGGGUUAGGUUCAAGGGGUCUGCUCUAUCAUGCUUGGCUUGGGAAAUUGAUAGCACAAGCAGUGGUUUCUUCUAAUGAAGAUGUAAUUCCUUCUGAACUUAUUGCUUGGAAAAGUAGAAUGAAAUAAAUAGACGACAGAAGCUUAUUUGUUU